UGAUACCUUGUCAAGUGGUUUCUGAGGUUUGUAGUAUUUCUACAAUAACUGACCUCCGCUUGGCAGAUAUUGCAAACCACUUUGGUUUUAUCCAGCUCUUUGUCCUGUGUUGUUUUAAAUCCGAAAUGCUUCCAGACGUCAGACUUAAGUUGGGACGGCUUGCUGAGCGGAGUUUUUCCUGCGUCGGCCAUUGUGUGUCUGCACGCUUGUGAACGUCAACCGGACGUAAACGUGUCUCUGCGUCAUCGCGCACAAGACUGGGGUUCAUGGGAAAAAAUCGAUCUCAUGCCCUAUGGAUCAAUAUUGCAAAAUUUAAAUGAAAUCGAUCCUAAAUCGUUUGAAUCGAUUUUUUUACCCAGCCCUAGAGGUUAUGGUGUUUCAUUCUCUUCUCUCUAUGACACUUGUAUCUUGUUGCAUUGCUGAUCCUCUAUGGUACACAAAUACAGUAUAGCCUAGUAUAAUCACAUAUCGGAACAACGGGACGUCGGACUAAUGAGAGGUUGGAACAAUGAGAGGUCGGAACAAUGACAGGUCGGAACAAUGCUACGGCACCAUUUGAAACGUGAUAUCUAUUAUCCAAAGAAGUGGAAUCUAGGCACACCUCCACCUUGGUGGGGGGGUGGCAUUUGGCUGAAGUUGGCUGGCUUCCGGAAAUUUGAAGUGGCUGCAUCUGUAUAUAAAGGCAGCUGACUUGUGGUAAGUACAACAGAAUUCAGCAGAUCGGUUGACUUCUUACUGGCCAACAUUCAUCAUCAGCAGACAUGUAAGUGUUAAUAAUUAAUAUUUUCUUGCUGUGGACUGAACAUUUUUUAAAUUUUAGAUCUUAAUUGGUUAUUCAGUAUGAAUAAUGUAAAUAAGUGCAAUAUGCAUGCACAUUUAAAAUAUAAGUUGUUUUGGAUGCUGUUAUGGUGAUCCAUAUUUGACAACUGAUGUAUAAAUUGUUUUGGAUUAUUUGAGCUCACCUGAAAAGGCACAGUCAUGCUGCUAACUUGUUAUUUUGUGUUUACUGACCUUCUUCAUGCAGUUACCCACAAUGAGCAAAUACAUCACAAAACUUGAGGUGUCCCUUGAUGAAGCUGAGGAGCAACUGCUCCAAUCACAGGGCUUCGAAAAAAUCCCUACUGAUCUGAACAAAGGAGCAUUCGGGAAAUACAUCUAUAUUUGGUAUAAAAAAGAAUCCUGCGAUGCACCAAUCACCAGGAUUCAGUUUACAUUCAGAGAUGAUAUGGCUGCUGGAUUGAUCACUGCAGGGUACACAAAGAUCCCUAAAGAUCUCAAUGCUGGAGCAAAGGGUGAUGCCAUCUACCUUUGGUACCUUCAGGGAAGCACCGAGCAUGAUUAUCCAAUAGUAGACAUUGAAGUCACUGUAAGUGCAGCAAGUGAAGCCCCAAAGUUUGGCCUUGGCUUGGAGAGACUGGCCCUUGAUCUAAACCGCGGAAAUAAGGGUGACUGGAUCCAUGCCUGGGUGAAAAGAGAGAAGGAAACCUACAUCUGUGAUGUCACUGCCACUGCUGGCUUUGGAUCUGAUGCUGCCUGGUUUAAGGCAGGCUACAUCCGUAUGGAUGAAGACAUCAACAGAGGUGCAGGAGGAGCCUAUGUCUUCAUCUGGUACCGUCUCACCACCAACCCCAAGCUUGCACUCAGUGAUCUGAAAGUCUCCACAAAUGAUAAGGAAAAUCAGAUGUAUCUGCUGCAAAAUUACACGCCAGUGAGUGUUAACCUCAACGAGUGUACCGGAGGCAACAUGGUGUACCUGUGGUGGAAGAAGGAGGAAUGCAGUCCCAUUAAGGAUGUCACCCUGCUUCUCAACAUGGAUGCUGUUGAACCGUAUAAGAAGGCUGGUGUCAUUGUUAUGACUGUAAAUCUCAACUCGGGCAAUAAUGGCAGGUGUGAGUACCUGUGUGUCUAUCGCUGAAAGCCUUCAUCAUGGUGGCAGAGCUGAGAAUUCUCAACACUCAAUCAAGGAAAGCAAAGCCCAAUAUUAAAUCAUUUUGGUGGUGG